CCGAUGCUAUGGCAUUCGUUGCUCGAUCUCCACCACCCAAUAAUUACCAAUGCACUCAUUGUGGAAAAUCUAGGCACAUUGUUGAUCAUUGUUAUAUUAUUGGUUUUCUAAGUGGUGGAAGAGGGGGAAUGGGGGUCGUACAUGUUGCUGAGGAGAAAGGCUGUGGAGGAGGAAGGGCAGGACGUGGAGGGGGAAUAACACCCAAGGUGGACAGUGCUGCUAGGACAACUACUGUCGAGCAGCAUGGUAGUAGACAAGAUUCCAUCGUGGCUUCCGGUAUGGCUUUGGAUUCUUUAACCUCAGAUCAGGUCACCCAUUUGUUAUCCAUGCUUGAUGCAUCAUCUUCUACUGGAAAAAUCAAUGCCCAGAGUGCUAAGAAGGCUAAGAAGAAGCUCCCUAGGAGUCCUAGGAAGAAAAGGAGUGGAGAUGAUGUUACGGAGACACCUAGUCUGAAUACGGACAUUGCCAUGGAACUACCUGAGAAGGAGAUGGCUCCAACUGCUUCUUCCACGUCUGAGACAUCCCCCCCACAGGUUGAAGACGUCCCAGACACAGGUGCUCAGGUGGGGAUAACCUCUGCGCAAGAGACCCCCCAGGUGUUUGACAAAAUGCCCGAACCAGAGAUGGUUGCUGCCAAACCUUCUACGUUUGCUGACCUCUUCAAGGGCAAUAGGGACCCUGACCAAGGUAUGAUUCUGAAGCAAUAUGAUGUUGGUGAAGGUGUUCUUCAUAUCCCGGAUUCAAUUAUCAAACCUGUUGAGGAGUUGUGGGGUUUCUGCCUUGUGGGUUGCUUUACUGGACGUUUCCCUGGCCUCAAGGCAAUGGAUGCUAUUGUCAAAAGCUGGAAUGUACCUUGUAGAAUCAUUCCCCAUUGUAAGGGCUGGGUUAUUCUAAAGUUUGAGAAUGAUAGUGAUAGAUUCGAUGUGCUGGGCAGGGAAAGGGACAAAGCUUAUGGGAAGGAGUUUAGACUCAAAAUCCCUUCUCAUGGUUUCAUGUUUGAUUUUGCUGAGUUCACCACUCUACCUGUCUGGGUUCAGCUACACAAUGUUCCAAUGCAGUUAUGGUCUGAAGAAGGAAUUGGAAUGCUGGCCUCAAAAGUUGGAAAGCCUUUGAGAACUGACCUGGUUACAAAGCAGCAAGGCAAGGGUGGAUUCUGCAGAGUCCUUGUUGAGGUUGACUUCUCAAAACAGCCUGUGACUCACUUUGAGGUAGCUUGUAUGGGUAAGGCAUACACACAAACAGUGGUGUUUGAGGAAGACCCCAAAUACUGCUUUCAUUGCAAAACCUGGAACCAUGGCCCCUUCUACUGUAAAGCCUUGGAACAGGUUAGGAAGAAGGAGCAGGCAGACUUGGAGGCUACACGGGGCUUGAUUCCUUCUUCUUCCAACAACAAGGAGAAGGCUAAGGAACCCAUUCCCAAAACUGGAGGCCUGGCUGUUGACAACAUGGUUGGAAAGGGUGUUGAUUUGCAAAAGAAGAAGAGAAAUGAGGAUGGAGACAUGGUUGGGAAGAGACCAGAGAAGAAGAAAGGUGCAGCCAAGUUGGAAAAUUUUGUUAUUACCAAACUGCCUGGGUGGAGAUCUGCCACCAAUUUUGAUGUUUUGCCUGGCAGCCGCAUUGUGAUCUUGUGGAAUCCUUCCUUUUUUGCUUGUAAUGUUUUGAGAGUGGGUGAGCAAUAUCUUCACUGUGAAGUCCAUUGCCUCACAACACAAAGGGAGAUUUUUCUUUCCUUCAUUUAUGGCCUGUACACAGUUACCAAAAGGAGGGAGCUGUGGAACGACUUGUCCUCUCUAGCACAGAAUAUUUCCAAACCUUGGGCUUUGCUUGGUGAUUUUAACUGUGUUUUGGCUAGCAAUGAGAGAGUGAAUUGCAUGAGCCAAGGAGCAUAUUAUAUGACUGAUCUGCAAGGUUUCAAGUCUUCUAACUGCUUAGAAGAUGUUCCUUCUACUGGAAAUUUCUUCACUUGGCAUAAAGGGAACAAGCUUGCAAAGCUGGAUAGAGUGCUUGCUAACCAAUCCUGGGGAGACAUUGGUUUGGCUCCAACAUGUGAAUUUCUAGAUUUCAACUUCCUCUCUGACAACUGCCCCACCCUUUUACAGUGUGGUGCACCCCUUGGUAACAGGUUCAGGCCUUUCAGAUUCUUCAAUAUGUGGCUAAAGCAUGAGGGCUUCAAUGGGUUGGUCUCCCAGUCUUGGGAGGCAGGUGUGGUUGGCUCUAAGCAAUUCUCCUUAUGCUCUAAACUUAAACGCCUCAAACCUCCCUUAAAAUCCCUCAACAAGCAGGCUUUUGGUCAUAUUUCUAGAAGAGCUAUGGAAGCUAAGGAAGAGUAUGGAUUGGUGAUGAAGCAAGUGGUCCUGGACCCUAAUAAUCAAAGCCUUCUUGAUGAUGCUGAUAUCAAAAGGAAGAGAGCUAAUUUCCUUCCUUAUGUUGAAUUGGCCUUCUAUCAACAAAAAGCCAAAUGUGAUUUCCUUAUGAAUUCUGACAGAUGCACCAGUUACUUCCACUCCAUUGUUAAGAAGAACAAGAGGAAAAACACUGUUGGGUUCUUGGUUAGAGAGGAUGGAUCUAAAACUACUUCCAAAGAUGAGGUGGCUAAUAUCUUUGUGGACUACUUUACUACACUGUUUGGCACUACUUCUUUAGUUGAAUCCAUUGAGCUGGAGAUUUUGGCUGCUGGAACCAGAAUUCCUUCUUCUGCCCAGGCAACUCUGCUUGCUUCUGUUACACCUGAGGAGGAUGUGAUGCAUGGUUUGGGCUUUCCCCCUAGAUUUGUCUCUCUUAUUAUGGAGUGUGUUUCCUCUGCUUCUUCUUCUAUUAUGGUUAAUGGAGACAGCCAUGGCUUCUUUCCUAGUCAGCGGGGGAUUAGACAAGGGGACCCCAUGGCUCCUACCCUUUUCCUCUUUUGUAUUGAGUACUUCUCUAGGUUACUCAACAAAAGGGCUAAAGAAGGUGGCUUCAACUAUCACAAGGACUGUGCAGCACUUGGGAUUACGCAUUUGGCUUUUGCUGAUGAUCUUAUGCUGUUCUCUAGAGGGGAUUUCCAUUCUGUGCAGGUUUUAAUGGAUGCUCUGGACCACUUUUCAAGGGUGUCUGGCCUAACCCUUAAUCCUACCAAGUUCAACAUCUUUCUUGCUGGUAAGUACAGGGAUGCUAGCCAAAAUAUUCUGGAUCUUGCCUCCUUUCCUCGUGGUCAGCUCCCUGUUAGAUAUCUGGGUCUCCCUUUGGCCUCUCAAAGGAUCUCUGAGAGUGAUUUUGCCCCUUUGUUCAAAACUGUUGAUGGUUUUCUGUCUAAAUGGAGCACUUUGAAGUUAUCCUAUGCUGGCAAAUUGGAACUGAUUAGAGCAGUGGUACAGGGAGUCCAAUCCUUCUGGCUCCAGGCCUUCCCUGUCCAGAAAUAUGUGCUUGACCGUAUCACCUCCAUGUGCAGAGCCUUCCUUUGGGGCAGCAAACUUGCCAAGGUUGCCUGGGUUGAUAUUUGCAAGCCAAGGGCUGAAGGUGGACUGGGUUUGAAGGAUGCCAAUACCUGGAACAAUGCUCUGUUGUGCAAACUUCUGUGGAACUUGGCAGCUAAGAAGGACACUCUUUGGGUCAAAUGGGUUCACAAUGUUUACAUUCAGGGUGAGAACCUGUGGCAGUGGCAACCCAAGAAGAGACACUCUGUCUUCUUCAAAAGGCUUGCAUAUGUGCGUGAGCUUUUGGUCCAAAAGCUUGGUGACCAUUAUCCUUCUAUGGAAGAGGCUAUGAUUCCCUUUUGCUUGGCAGGUAACCUCAUUCCAAGAAAGGUUUAUGAUUUGUUUAGGGUUAAAGCAAACCCGAAGCCUUGGAUGGCUUUCAUUUGGCAAAGCUAUAUUCCCCCUAAGUGCUCCUUUACGAUGUGGCUGGCACUUAGGAGGAGGCUGCCCACCAAAACAAAUUUGGAAUUCCUCGGUUUACCUAUGGACUGCACCUUCUGUGGACAUGGGUUGGAAGAUGUGGACCACCUGUUCUUUAGCUGCCAGUUCUCUAAAGAAGUUUGGGACAACAUCAAGACUUGGCUAGGUAUGGAAGGACACCUGAGCACCCUCACCAGAACCAUCAGAUGGCUGAAGGCUUUUAGGCGAGGGGAUGGGAUUCUCAAGAAGGCAAGAAGGACUGCUUUUGCUUGCAAUGUUUUCCACCUUUGGAAGCUACGUAAUGCUGCCCACUUUGAGCGUGAACCUCUCUCUGUUGCGGCUGUGACUUCUAAAAUCAAGCAAGAUCCUCCACAGCCCAACGAUGCCAACGACCCCCUCGUGGCGAUGGUGAACCAAGUGUGGUACCACAACAAUUAUCUCGCCAUCAAUAUUAUCCUCGAGGGGUUGGCCGAGACGUUGUACCCCAUCUAUGCCGGUGCAAAGUUCGCUAAGGAGCUUUGGAAUAGCUUGAACAAGAAGUAUCAAGCUGAAGAUGCCGGCACGAAGAAGUUCAUCGUUGGGAAGAUGCUGGACUAUAAAAUGGUUGACAGCAAAUCUGUUGUCGCCCAAGCUGAAGAGCUUACGGUCAUCUUCAAUAAAUGCAAUGAAGAGAAAGUAGGCGUCAGUGACGAAUUCCAAGUGGCAGGCAUCAUCCACAAACUUCCCCGAUCGUGGGAAAACUUCCAAGCCGACCUCAAGCUCAAAAGAACGGAGCUAAACCUGGAGCAACUGCUCACACGAUUGAGAAUCAGAGAGGAGGGGCUUGCUAGAAGAAGUGGAGGGGCAAAGGCGAAUGUUGUAGAACAUCCGUCGGGCUCUUCACAUGACGGGAAGGACAAGAAGAAAAUAGGUCAUAAGGGUGGUGUUUCAAAAUUUGCAGGGAAGUGCUACAACUGUGGCAUUACCGGGCAUCGUUCCUCUGAUUGUAGGAAAAAGAAGCCACAAAAGGGAAAGAAGAAAACCACUGAAGCCAUGUGUGCGGAGCUUGACAACUUGGACCUCUGCGCGGUUGUCACCGAGAACCAGAUGCGUGUUCCACGACCAUAAUGGGCACACCCAUGAGAACAGAAUGAUGGUUGGUUGAAACUUGUGUAUUGUAUAUCGUCGUUUACAUAAACGGCAGUACACUUC